GUCUGUGUUAUAUGGAGUUAAUAUGGCAUCACCAUGGUUGAGUAUUCUUCGCGAUAGUGUUGAUUCUGAUAUAGUUGUCGCGAUGGGUGCGGCAAAAGAAGUAAACAAUACGUCUGAUGAUGAUUUGGAUAAUAAUAUUAAAAAAUUUGAAAAUGCACAUAAUAAUAGAGUGUGUGCAAGUAAAGAAAAUACAGAAAUAUUGAUACAAAAUUUUGUAAAAAUGUCUCCCAUUAAAAAAAAUGAUUGCAUUGAAAAUUUGCGAGCUAAUAGCAAUUGUCGAAAUGAGAAUAGUGAGCAUGUAGUAUCUAAUUUAGUAAAUAAUGUGGAAAAUACAAAUGUAAUAGAAACUUGUAGUACUAAUAAAUUAAUAAAUGAUAGUCAAAGUUCAGCAAUUAGUAUUUGUAAAUUAAAAGAUUCACCUUUUACCUCCCCAGAACAAACAGAAUUACAUGAAUUUGUAAAUGUAAAAAACAUUAAAGUAGAAAAUAUAUGUAGUUCUGAAAUGUUUAAUUUUAAUAAUGUAAAUACAAAUUCAAUUGAACCACAUUCUAAGUGUCUUAAAAUGUUAGAAGAAACAUCUAUGUUGCAUAAAAGAAAAAAUCAUUACCCUAAUGAAGAUGAUACUUCCAUUAAACGAAGGAAAAGGAAAGCAAAUGACAGUGGCAAUGAUAUUGUACCAAAGGUACAAAAUAUGGAACUGUCCAAUGAACCACAAGUAGACCCUCUUUAUAUUGCGAGCAGCAAUGUGCAAAAUACAACCAUUGCAAAUGUUGAUAGUAAAGGAAUAAAUCCAUUAACAAUAGCUGAACAUAAUUCAAGAGACAUAACAUCAGAAUCCAGUGAUGAAGAUGAAGCUGAAUAUGAUGAUGAGGAUGAGGAUGAGGACGAUGAUGAUGAUGAUGAUGAUGAUGAUGAUGAUGAUGAUGAUGAAGAUGAAAAUGAUGAUGAGACUUACAUGACUUCAAAAGCUGUGCUUGGAGACUUAAAUAUUAAAUUAAACAUAGCAAACAAAGAAAUGUUUGAAAAUGCUAUGAAGAGACUGUAUGAUCUAAAAGUACAAAUAAUACAUAACAUACCACCACAACAUAGGAUUGAACACACAGCAGGCUCAAGGCAUUUAACAAAAGUGGAAAGACAAUUAUUUUUAAAUCAUGGACCAAUAAAAAAUAAUGCAUAUACCCCUCAUGAAGAUGAAACUAUUAAGAAUAAUUGGAAAACAUUUUGUGAAAUUCAUAAUUGGGAUCCUAAACAUAUAGAACCAUUUCUUCGUAUGAGAAAUGGAAAACAUUAUUAUAUAAGAAGUAUGACAGAAAGACAAAAAUUUAUUCAGUUUAUAGCAAAUGGAUUACCAGGUAGGACACUGUACAGUGUGUAUAGAAGAUUCAGAAGUAUGAAUGGAAAAUAUGAAAAAACAUUUAAAAGGUACACAUUAGUAGAAGAUGAACAAAUUUUAUUGUUCAUGAAAAAUAAACGUGAAAAUCAAACAAAUCAAAACUUUCGCGAUCUAGCUAAAAUGUUGGGACGUAAAAGUCGUUCUGUGUGGUUACGUUAUCAACUUCUUAAAAAAAUGCAGGAAAGCCAUAUAAGGAAACCAUUAUCGAAAAUUAAGUGGACUUUACCUUUGAUUGGUACAUUUAUAAAAACUAUUAUGGAUGUAACAUCAUCUGAGAAAGUAGAAAAUUUAAAAGAUGCUGUACUCCCAAAAUCAGUUUGGCUAACAAUAGGAGAGAAACUGAGCAUAGAUCACAAUAUACUGAAAUUACUUUGGAUGCAUCAAUUGCAUAUGCAAUUGUUUUGUCCAGAACCUAUUUAUCUAAACGAUAUAAAAAUAAAAUUAAUUGAAUGCAUUUAUAGAAAAGGAAUCUCACAUAUUCGAGAAAUAAUAUGGUCAGAUAUUGUGAAAUAUUUUGAGGGUGUUACCACUGUCUUUUUAUGUAAAGUAUUUUUUUAUCUUGUCAAAGAAGCCACUGUGAAAGUAGGCACAAAUGAAUUUCCUUAUAUUGUGGACUACUUGUAUACUGAUAAAAUACAUGAUAUAAAAAAUGAAUUAACUGAUAAGUUUCUUCCUAGACUAUCUUAUAAUGAUAGAAAUGUCGAAAUUAUAGAUAAAGAUACAAGUGACAAUUGAUUCCAAAUAAGAUAUAAUCAAAAGUCAAGAUAAGAUAUAUUAGAAAGUUAAAUAAAAAUAUUGUAUAUGUUAUUUAAUAACCUGUAUAAAUUUUCAGUAUGAUGUUACUGAGCAAUAAUAAUACAUGUUUUAACAACCCUAAUAAGACAUAA